AGCAGUUAGCAGCCAGUGUCCGCCGAGUCGUCGCCUCGAACGGAGUUCUAUCCUCUCGAUUUCGAAAUUUCAAGUUCCUGCUCGCGUGAAAACGGUAAUAGUGGCACGCGCGAGCAGGCGAGAGCGAAAGAAGAUAGAGAAGAAAGUUUGUGUGUGUGUUUGUCGCGCGACCGUGAAACCUCGCAUGUGUAUGUGAAUGAUCUAGAAAUCGCGUCCGGGUGCCGCGGUGACGAUACAAAAUUCAACUUGAUCUCGGAAAAAAAAAGUGAACCUGUUCGAGGACUGGCUGACUCGGAAUUUAUGAGCCACGCGGUAUCCCAUCGACAACGAAAUUCUUGACAUUUACCAAAGAGCUCGAAAUAGCAUGCUAAAUCAAAGAUGGAGGACCACAAUGAAUACCUUCUUUAUCAUCACGUUUCUCCUUAUCGGCGUUCACAAGACCUUUGAUUUGCAUACGGUUCAAUGAUUCCUGAUACGAUGAUUACGAGUCAUACUCGAUACGAGGAUUACUAUGGAGUGUAACACAUGACUCCCGUUGAGGGAUGGGAGAUCGAAGAGAGACGCGGAGAUGGUAAUGACCAAUUGGACACAGUUGGCCGACGAAUGGUUGGAAAAAAGUCGGGAGAGAUUCUGGGAGAGGCUGGACGUUACGGUACUACCGUUCACCGACGGUAUCAGAGAUUUGCCACCGACAGCUGAAGUGAUCAUCAACGGAACCAAUCCUGAUCAAUUAGCACGGUACAACUACUCGCGAAUGUUAUGGGAGAUGGAAAGCGUUCAGUCCACCGGACAGCUGUCGGGAUUCGUAGACAAAGCUCUGAAGCUGUUGGAUCUGAAACAAGUGAUGAUGGAAGUCGAAACGUCGGUAAUGUCCAAGGUGUCUUGCACAGCGUGCAAGGUCGGCGCCGGCCUUUUACAACAUUACAUAAAAGUCGGGAAGAGUGAUGAGGAGAUCAUGAACAACAUCUACCAAUUUUGCGUCUCUCUCAACAUUCAAACCCCUAGGGUUUGCCAAGGAGUCACGUUACUCUUCGGGGGCGAAGUGAUCUACAUGCUGAAGCACGUGGCCAUGGGCCCGGUCCAGAUCUGCAGUUUCGUGAUCGGGGACGCGUGCGAUGACGCGUACAACCCGCUACACGAAUGGGAAGUAGCGUUCCCUCCGGUGAACAAACCACCCGUGAAGCCGCCUGUGCCACCCCAAGAAGGUGCGCCAACGUUCAAAGUCCUCCAUAUCUCAGACACCCACUUCGAUCCGUAUUAUCAGGAGGGCACGAACGCGGACUGUAACGAACCGUUAUGCUGCAGAUUGACGAACGGCGCACCCCUGAACCAGGCGGCGGCCGCUGGCCGAUGGGGUGAUUACAGAAAAUGCGACACCCCGAAGAGAACAGUCGAGCACAUGCUGAAGCACAUUGCCGACACGCAUUCCGAUAUAGAUUAUAUUCUGUGGACCGGUGACCUACCACCCCAUGACGUGUGGAAUCAAACCAGGGAAGAAAAUUUGAAAGUGUUGCACGAGACGGUGACGCAGCUCAUCGACACGUUCCCAGGAAUACCGAUAUUUCCGGCUUUGGGAAACCACGAAAGUGCUCCUGUCAAUAGUUUUCCACCGCCGUUCGUCCCGAAAGAAAAUGACAUUUCCUGGCUGUACGACGCCCUGGACGAACAUUGGAGACAUUGGUUACCAGCAGGUGUUUCUCACACGGUCCGACGCGGUGCUUUCUACUCAGUCUUAGUUCGUCCCGGUUUCCGAAUCUUAUCCGUGAACAUGAACUAUUGUAACAACAAAAACUGGUGGCUCCUUCUAAAUAGCACGGACCCAGUCAGCGAAUUACAGUGGCUCGUGUACGAAUUGCAAGGAGCCGAGAUGAACGGAGAGAAGGUUCACAUCAUCGGGCAUAUACCGCCUGGUCACUCGGACUGUUUGAAAGUCUGGUCCAGGAAUUAUUAUCAAAUUAUCAACAGGUACGAGUCGACGAUCACUGCGCAAUUUUUCGGUCACACCCACUACGACGAGUUCCAAUUGUUCUACGACACGGCCGACCUCGGCAGAGCUCUAAGCAUAGCUUACGUCGGGCCAUCGGUCACACCUUAUGCCGAACUGAAUCCUGGCUACAGGAUAUACUACGUCGACGGGGACCAUCCAAAAACUACAAGGAUGGUUGUAGAUCACGAGACUUGGGUGAUGAAUCUGAAAGAAGCGAAUCUUUAUGAUUAUCCUUUUUGGCGCAAGCUGUACAGCGUUCGGCAGGCUUAUCAGAUACCCUCGCUUCUGCCGAAAGAUUGGGACUCUCUGAUCGACAAGAUGAGCAACGAGCCAUCGUUGUUCGAUCUCUACUACAAGCAUUAUUAUAAGAAUUCGCCGGUGAGGCCGACGUGUAACGACGAAUGCCGUAAGCGUUUAUUGUGCGACUUGCGAAGCGGCAGGAGUCACGACCGGAAGGAGCUGUGCCAGUCGCUGGAAUCGAGGAUAGACACCGACACCAGAACGGGCUGGAGGGCUUGGAUCUACAACGGUUUAGCAUUCUCGUACGUACACGAUUCGUGGCUUCAGGCUCACUCCGGCGACGUGAACACCAACCAGGUCGACCGGGCGAGCUCCUCCUAAUAUUAUUUAACAGACCGCGGAUUCGAUGCAUUUAUACAAGAAUAUAAAAAAUGCGUCCAUAAACUUGGACGUGUAGAACUAUGUGAGAGUGAAACACGUAUUGGAGCGAAAUCCGAUUUUCGCAUUUUCGUACAUUUUCCACGGAGAAAUCCGCGGUCUAAUAAUUAGUUCUUUAAAACAAGCAAGGCUGUCGUUUAACUAUUUUUAUAUAUAAUUAUUACGAAUUUUUAUGAAAACCUCUGGCUCACUCGGGACGUAAGACGUUUCCUUUCUAUCGUUCUAUUCUCUAUUCUAAUUAAUGUGAUCGCACAGGUAAUGCAAAUAUUUAAAUAAGUAUAGAAGAAUGUGCAGCUAUUAUAGUUUCUUAAAAAAUAUUUGUAUUACGUAUAUGGGAUUACUGAACACUUGGUCUUGUCCAAUUAACAUGCUUUCUACAAGUAAAAGCUAAUAUGUAUAAAAUAUAUCAUUUACUUUGCUUCCUUUUUUUUCCUUUCUCAAAUACUAUAAUUAUGCAACACUUCUGUUUCACUGGCUUUUGAUUUAUACUUGAGAAAUUAUAAUCGAAAAUAUUGUACAUACUUUUAAGAAUACAACACUUAUCAACAAUGACGGACAAUUAGAGCAAUAAUUAACUAAACGUCUAACGCUUGGGUCCUGCGGAACAAUGCACAACAAACAUAUAAACUGAUUCUUGACAUCUUACGAUUCUAUUUAAGUCAAUUAUCAUCGAACGCUGUUACGUACUUUGAACAUCGUAAUCGUCUCGAAAUUCAAGUCUGACAUAGUCAUACGGCACUUCUCUUUUACUCGUAAUUCCUAUUUUAACUUUCCUCUGUGAUCGCUAGAUACGUAAUCGCGUAAUGCACGUCUACGUGAUCGAAUCUGAAUGAUAGGUACGCAUGUGUGACUAGUCGUUUGUGUUUCAGCGCAUUGCUCGCAGGAAGAUUAACGUCGUAGUCGUUUAAGAGAGUUUACACAACGCGCAUAGUUAAGCACUAGUUAUUCCUUUUGAACAGGAAUAAUAAAUGGUCAGAGGGUAACGAUAAUAAUUAACAAGCAAUAUAUUCUCAAGAAACUUUGUCGUAACGCCUCAAACGAUAUUGUACAAAUUAUUGUUUGAAUAAAGAAUCACAUCGUCCAAAAUCUAAGACCUA